GGACCUACAAAGGCGUCUACGGGAAAGUGUUAGUGAAGACCUGUAAGGGAGAAUCAUUCAUUAUGAUCACACUGAAAACAGACUUAUGUCUUUGAUUUCGUGAUGCGUUUUGUAUUUUGUUGCACACUCGCGUACACCCGCUAUUCAUGGAGCACCACGACCCGGAGGAUCGACUUUUACUAGAAUAAAGUAUACUGUUCUAGAGACGAGCUGGCCAUUGUAAUGAAGGAUCGACUGGUUGAGCUGACUGCUAGUAGAACAUCGGCAGAGGAAGAUGUUGCAGUCGCAGUGGACCGAGAUGGUUUCAUGGAGGGCUUCUUCAGGAGGGUUGAAGAGGUUCGAGGGCUCACUGAUCGGAUAUUCGACCAAGUGGAAGAUGUGAAGAAGAUGCACAGCAUGAUACUGUCUGCACCUCACCCAGAUGACAAAACAAAGGAUCGUCUUAAUGCACUGACCAAUGAUAUCAAAGGGAAUGCCAAUGUGGUGCGAACAAAACUAAAAUCCAUGGAGCAAAGCAUGCCUAAAGAUGACGCGACUAAUAGAUCCUCUGUUGACUUCAGAAUCCAGAAAACACAGCACAUGGUGCUGUGCAGGAAGUUUGUGGAGGUGAUGACCCAGUACAAUGAGACACAAGUUUCCUUUAGGGAGCGAAGCAAAGGACGGAUCCAAAGACAGUUGGAGAUAACUGGAAGAGUGACCACCAAUGAAGAACUGGAAGACAUGCUCGAGAGUGGAAUCCCAUCCAUCUUCACAUCUGAUAUAAUCUCAGACUCUAAGAUCACACGUCAGGCCGUGGAUGAGAUAGAGUCACGGCAUCAGGACAUCAUACAACUGGAGUCCAGCAUUAGAGAGUUACAUGCCAUGUUCAUGGACAUGGCAAUGCUUGUUGAAACUCAGGGUGAAAUGGUCAAUAACAUUGAGAACAAUGUUUCCAAUGCAGCUGAAUACAUUUGUCGAGCCAAAGAAGAAACCAAAAAAGCAGUAAGAUACCAGAAAAAAUCCAGGCGGAAAUAUAUAAUCCUUGCCUUUGUUCUCCUGAUCCUGCUUGCUGUCAUUGCUUUGAUUGUUGGCUUGUCUGUUGGACUAACUAAACCUCCUGCCUGAGACUGAUAACAGCCAGCAGGAGAAGUUGCUCUGCCUUGCUGUGUGCGGACUUGCAGCUGUCCUCAUUUUACUCAUUGCACUAGUUGGUGCCUUUGUGUGAAGGAUUACCUGGGUCACAACCCCACAGUAAUCUCUUGUUCCUGUAGUGAUAAAGCUUACAACAGCGCCAUCUCAUUCACCAUGUAACAGCAUUACAGGGAGAAACACAAUCAAGUAUGAUAACUUGUCCUCUGCUCUUCUUUGCACCGGUAACGACAAAGCUCACAAAUCUGUACAUGGCGGAUGUGUCAUGUAGUGUCACUGUCCACAACAUUAGGUACAACUAACUGCAGUACCUAACAAGUUUCAAAUAAAAAAAAUCUGUAUCAACAUUCAUUUCAAUUCAUUUCAUAAUAAUUAUUGAUUAGGUCAUGCAAGUGUACCUACUGUUACGGCUUUUGAGUGUCGCUCUCUGUGAUACAAUUACUAUUGACAGACAGAUAUUUUGAAACAAAGGAUAUAUACACUGUACUAUUGUAGAUGAAUUUAAAUUGAAUUAAAAAAACAUCUGACAUUUCUUCUUUUGUGCUUGUAUAGAUUAGAGCUGUGGAACAUGUAGCAUAAAGACAAACAACAACAAUGCAGAUGUAACAGUGAGUUUUAUGUGCCAGAGUGCUGCUUAACUGCAGUAAUGUCCUGCUUACUUCUCGCCACUGUGAGACAAACGGGAGAACAAUGCUCCAGCUUAAAUGUUUUAUAAAAUCACUUGAUCUUUUUGAAUAUGAAUUAUUUAAACAGAAUGUAAGUCUCAGGACCUUGUUUGCAAUACUACCUUUUGAAAUGAAGGAAUGUAGAUUUUGUGUCAUAUUUUCCACUUGUUAGUGAUAUUGACUGAAGUAGCAUAUUUCAACAGACUUCAAUAACCAAACCUAAAUUGUAUCUUCUCUAUCCCCCGUGCCUUCGCUUUUCGAUGUCAUUUUAAAGGACACAUUUUGUGGUAAUACAAACAUUUAUAUUGAUGACGUUUGACUUAGUUUCAACAACAAAAUCUAAAUUGUGCCUUUCCUACCCCCAAUUAAAACCUAUUUUCAUUGUGAAUGUGAUGUUAACAUGCCUGAUGUCAUCUUAGGGGCACAUUUUACUCAUUGUGUUAAAACAUAAUCAUUUGUAUUGUUUGAAUGUUAUCAAUUAGAUUUUAUAUCAACAUUUUGUGGAGUACAUUACUAAAAAUAAAGAUCAUUUCCAAAAGA